AUGCUGGUCAUCGAGUGCAACAGAAAGCCGUCUGUGGUGUCAAUCGACCGCAUCAAGCCAGCUUACAUUUUGCCUGCUCCAGCAGUCACGCAUUUCUUCGACCCAGCAGAAGAUCUGGUUACAGACGACACUCCCCGUGCCAGUGGUCAGACAGAGCCCGCACCCGUAGCUGCUGGUGACGUACAGCUGCAGCCUGCUGUCAUCACGUCGCCACCUGUGCCUCCCACCACCCCGCUCAGGCAGCCGGCAUGGCCACCCGGAACAUGCCCACCACAGCCACCCUGCCAGCAGACUACGUCACGCACGCCAGCCGUCACGUCCAAUUCAAAUGGCCGUGCUGCAUCACCAAUGCGCCGCGCCACCCAAAACAGCAAACACACACCUAAGCCGCCGAACGCCAUCAGAAUGCGGCGUCCACGAGCCGCCAUCCAAUGUAGAGAUCCAGCUCCAGCUGUCUGCACCCUCAGCCGGUACCUCCAGUCCAGCCCUGGACAACGCCUCCCGUGUCCGUCGCAGCUCCUGGACCGAUGUUUGCGUCCCUCUGCCUCCGCCGCAUCAGGCAUUUAG